UCCCGAGAAAGAGGAGGAAGAGGAGGGGGAGUAGGCUGGCAACAGGAAGUAGCCGACAGGAGCUGCUUCUUCUUCCCGGUAGCGGUGAGUAUGGGAAAAUGAGGGAAUAAAAAUGGGGAUGUGAUGGGGAUAAAAGGCAGCUCAGCAUCCUCCAUGAAGGAUGCUCACUCCUCACAUCUAAUUUUUCCAUCCAUACAGCAGAGCAAGGACUGCUUGUGGCCAUAGCAGAAAGUCCUCCUGGGAAUGGACCUCGUGUCACAGAGCAAAAUGAACUCUGAGGGCAGCGACGGUAGACCUGUGCCACCCACCUCCCUGCCCCUCCAAGGAGGCGGCACCCACCGAAAGAAAUUGUCGGCCCCCCGCCUCAGUCUCUCCCUGGAGCAGAGCGAAGACGACUUGGGCGAGACACCCGACGACCUUGACAUCAAUGUCGAUGACCUAGAUACUCCGGACGAAGGGGAUUACCUGGACUACACGGACCACGAGUUGGACUGGGACGAUCCCAAAGCUGAGAACCGAUGUCGGACAAGCGAGUCGUACGAAGCCGCCCCGACGUACGGCGCCGAGGACGAGCGUCAGGACGUCAGGCUGUGGCGAGCGGUGGUCAUCGGCGAGCAGGAGCAUCGCAUCAACAUGAAGAUCAUCGAGCCCUACAUGCGAGUCAUCUCCCAUGGAGGGUACUACGGCAACGGUGUGAACGCCAUCAUCGUGUUUGCUGCUUGUUUCCUGCCAGACAGUGACAGAGACGACUACCACGACAUCAUGGAGAACCUCUUCCUCUACGUGAUCAGCACUUUGGAGCUGAUGGUGGCAGAAGACUACAUGAUUGUGUACCUGAACGGGGCCACGCCCCACAGAAGAAUGCCGGGCCUGGGUUGGCUCAAGAAGUGCUACCAGAUGAUUGACAGAAGACUCAGGAAGAACUUGAAGUCGUUCAUCAUCUUGCAUCCAUCUUGGUUCAUCCGGACCAUCUUGGCCAUCACCAAGCCAUUCAUCAGCACCAAGUUCAGCAGCAAGAUCAAGUACGUGAGCAGCUUGGACGAGCUGCAGGAGCUCAUCCCCAUGGAGAGUGUUCACAUCCCAGAGUGCAUCAUUAGACUGGACCGAGAACUGAAGGACGCUGGAGAGAUUUCAGUAGUGAAUAGCUUUCUCCUGGGAACCGAGCCAACACGCUACAUCGUCUUUUCCGACCGAGUAGCGUUUGCCCAAGUCCUCCAUCUGCGUGCCUUUGUAGUAAGACGAGGAGGAGCUGUAGCCACCGGAACCGGGACCGGAACCCAGUUUUUCGUAGCCGCGCGGGGUCCCGUCUGAAGGCGCCCUUUUGGAGCGCGAGUGCUGGAUGAGGAAGAUGGUGGCGGCGAGUCCGGCUACUAGAAGGACACACGUGAUGAUGAAGACCACCAGGUUGCCCCUCACCUCCUCUUCCUUCCCCUCAUCCUCCUCGUCUUUGUUCCUGAACGCCAGGUUGGUGCUGAUGAUGCACUCCCCUGAAAAACACACAACACACACACACAUUUUGAGCCUGUCAUUUGCUGUUAUGCCGACACGAGUCACAUUUUCAUAUUCAACUACAAAGGGCACAAAAACCCUCAAACGUACACUUAUUAUUAAUACGUAGUAUUACUUGAUUCCCAUAACUUAACUUUUUUUCUUGUAAAAUCCCAUUUCUCCUCUGAAAUACAACUUUGUUCUCAAAAUAUUAAUUAUUAAAAAUUACAUAAAACGUCACAUAAUAAAAUACAGGAAUAGCUCCCCCAAAAAGUUCUAUUAUGAAUUUUAUCAUGUAAAACAACUUUAGAGCAUUCUGAUCCUUACCCCCCCCCAAAUUUUUUUUUCUUUCAUAUUUUCCUUUGGAUGUUUUGUUCAUCCUUUUUUUCUUCUUCAGUAAAUAUGACAAGUAACAAUUUUAAUAUCAAUUUUACUGAGUUUUAUUUGGGUAAAGUUUACUUUAGGAAAUUACAAAAGAGAUGGAAAAAAAACAUCUCAUCGUCUCAAUAUUGAAUUUCUUUUGUAUUUUUUCUGUAAAUUUUGGAUUAUUUAAUAUAAUAAUAUAUAAUAUAUAUUCAUAUUGAUGCUUCUUCAGCAUGAAAUAGUCAUAAUAAUUAUUCUUGUUGACUACCUGUUGUUUCGGUGCAGUUACAGCAAUCCCGCGUGUGCGCGGCGGGGGAUGCGUGGCAGCAAAGGAGACAGCGCCCCCCGGGUUCAAGGAUGGCGUGUGGGGGGCACGCGCUGCAGUUAGCCGGGCCGGGUCCCUCGCAACGCAGGCAGGACGCGUCGCAGUCCUCGCAGCUGUGACUGGAACCCUGACAGGCAACACAGUCAGACAUUUAUCAUUACGUAUUCUAUAUUUUAUGAAUUGUUUUAAAAUAGUAUUUAUGUAAGGGAAGGUUCUUUUAUAUUCUAAUGAAUUUUUAAAAAAUAAUUAUAUGCAUUUCUAUUCUUUUUUUAGCUACAAUUUAAAAAUAAUAUCUAUUAUUUUAUUUUCUAAAUAUUUUUUAUGCACUCAGGGAUGGAACAUUCACAAAGUAAUCCAAAACAGUGCGUUCAUUGGUCGACCGCUAUUUGUGGAAACGCGCCACGCUACAAAAAAGAAAAAAACAACACGACUGUACCUUUAUUAGCGGGUACUUGGCCGUGUCGCACACAGACACGCACGUGCUGCCUGACAGGAAGUAACCAGGCCCGCACGAGUCACAGGAGUAAGAACCCAUUCCUGCAAAAUAUGUCAUCAUACAGUAAUAUGAUAUGAAUGCUAACAGCUCAUUAAUAACCUAUGAGGGUCCAUAACUGCAACAAUUUGAUAGAACUUGCCAAAUAGAGAGAGAGCCUUAUUCGGUUCAGGGUUUCAAAGGUUCUCAAUCGAUUUCUGAUGGGAAGUCAAUCUAACGCUGCAAGUCAGGCUUUGUUAGAAAGACUUCCAUACAGAACGACUACCAGUACUACUAAUUUGUCAUUUUAUAUUGAACACUACUACUAAAAAGGAUAGUACAGUGUUGCCUUGAGAUACAAGUUUAUUUUGUAGUGUGACUACGCUCGUAACUCGAAAGGCUCGUACUGCAAAUAAUCUUUCCCCGCUAAAAUGAAUGAAAUUAUUAUUAUUCCGUUGCAGCCUCCAACAAAACCGAGCAAAAAUUGUUGUAAUGUAUUUAAUAAUGAAUAUAGCACUCUGUAAUAUUACACUUCAUAAAAACACAGAGUAAUAAGUUCAUUAUAUAAAUUGUAAAAAAAAAAAAAAAGGACAAAAACAGUCGCAUCAUGAUUACGUCAUUGCGGCACCUUUUGGUGUGUGUGUGCCUUCGCUCACCAGCAGGGGGCAGUAUAAUACAGACAUACAGUAUGGACGUACACAAAGGAGACAGUCACAACUGCACUAAUAUAAUUCGUUUUCCCCAGAGGAUAAAGAAUAUAUGCCUGCGAGUAUUGUUAUAUUGUCUGUCGAUGUAUUGAGCCACUGUUGGUGGUCAAAUAUCCUUUUGAGUUUUUAGAGUUGUAAUACGGCGACACUGAUGCUAUUCGUUAACCUGUCUAUGUCGUUAUGCUUUGUGUGAGCAUUAAGCUAGUGGAAUUUAGGAAGGCAAAGUUGCGUGUUUUUUUUUUUUUUUUUUUAAAUGCACACUAAUUCUCUCUGUUUUAGGUUUAGUUUGGUAGUAAAGUUGGACCGGGAGUGGCAAUAAACAGGAUGAAGCCUCUUUUUCUGCCUAUCUGCUGCUUGUUGCGAAGGGUGUUGAUGUGAGUUCACGUGCUCUUAUCUCAAAAUUUCACAAGUUACAGCAAAAUAUUAGCCGAGCGACACCUCGCACCUCGAAAAACUCCUAAGUCGGGUCACUCAUCUCUCAAGGCACCGCUGUCGUCGUUAAUUUUCCAUUUCUACGAUGUCAUCAAUAUCAUCGCGUCGUGUCGCUGACCUGAGCACGUUGCGCAGUUGCCGUGGCAACGCUCGCACGUAGCGUACGCGUCGUCGUCAUCAUCUCGGUGGUGAUAGAAUCCGCGAGGGCAGGCGUGGAGGCAGCGGCCUUCCCGCGGCAUGAAAACCAGUCCCGGUGCGCAGCUCAGGCAGUCCCCGUCCCCCGAACACUCGCUGCAAGUGGGGUCGCAUGGCUCACACGCCCUUGAGGCCUGGUUGCCAUAGUGACUGUGAGGAAGAAGGAGCCAGAGGUCAGUGUAUAGAUACGACGCGCCAUUAAACAACAAAGCGUGAAGACUUCAUUCAUGCAGCCUCUGUACAAUUUAUCGGAAUAAACUGGGCAGGAUUUAAUUGCAAUUUAACGGCACAUUAAUUUAAUUUUCUCCACCGCUGUCCGCCAAUUAAACAUAUGCAACAAUUAGCAUUUUACAGCCGCGUGAAGUGAAUCUUCCACUUACUCAAGCCACACAUCUCCAUAGAAACGACGCGACGCAUAAAGCGAGGAGCUCGAUAAUCGCAGGCUCUAUUACGGGGGCUGGAAAUUCCUGAAAAUCUUCUCAAGUGAUUGAAAUUGGAAUAAAAACCUUAGUUAAAGUAAUCGCUCAUUUAUCGCAGGGUCAUGGUCCAGACCACCCCUGCAGUCGGUGAAAUCUACAAAGUCGCGACCGCAUAUUUGUUUUUGAGAUUGAACCUCCCCAAAAUCUUAUUAAUCUUCCCAGCACUCAUAGUAACCUCUCCCAUACUCUUAAACGCCUUUUAAAACGGUUAGCAAAUCUUUAGACCAACGUCAGAUAGCGAUAACAUUGUUAGGGGAAAAGAAAUGUGUAAGUCAGCUAAGUUGACUUCCAAAAUAGGUUGACGCAAAAUUUCUGCUUCGAAGGUCCACCGGAACAAAAAACAUAUAACAUGAUAUAUGAGUGAGUUGAAUGGACGUUAGCGUUUAUUUAUAUUAAAAAAAAAGAAAAAAAAAAUGGUUACCUAAAAUGGUAAUUGCUAGCGCGCUAAUGCUAAUCGCGAUUGCUAACUGUUUAGCAUUUGCUAUUGUUGUUGUCUCAAAUGUUGUACACAGAAUUUAUACUUAUAAUUACUCGAUGGAAUAGUCGUUAGGAUAACUGAUUCUAAAAAGAUUUGAUCGUGACAGCCCUAGACUUCAGUUAUGCAAUGACAUAUAGCAACAUCGGAUAGUGGCAACAUUGGAUAGAGAUGCUUGGAAUUGCGACGGCAUCAGAUAGCAACAUCGGAUAGUGGCAACACCGUGGAGCAAUAUUGGCUAGCGGCAUCAGCUAACAACACUGGAUAACGUCAUCACAGAGCAAAAUUUUAGAACAAUAUCCAAUAGCAACAACAUCGGAUAGCGACAUCAGAUACGAUACGACAUAUAGCAACAUCGAAUAUCGACGACAUCUGAUGCCGACACUGGAUAGCGUCGACAUCAUUCAGCGACAUUGGAUAGCGACAACAUAUAGCAACAUUUUAUAAUGUCGACAUCAAAUAGCGAUAAAAUCGUAUGGUGACAAACAUUGGACAAUGGUUGUUAAAAGUACUUACGAAGCGCAUUAAUUGGAGUGUUUUGUGGUUACCUGUGUGGACACGUCUCCACGCACUCGUUGUCGUGGCGAAAGAGCCGGUCCUUGCAGGCCAGACACUCGUGGCUACGCUUCCCGGCGCAGGACUGACAAGUCGGGUGGCACGCUUCGCAUUUCUGCCGCAACUCGUCGGCGUAGAAACUUGGCGGACAUUCGUCAAUGCAGCUGCCAUCUGGUUAGGGGAAGGAUUUCCUUUGAUAUUUUUCUUACGUUAAAGCUUUUUUUUUUUUUUUUUUACACAAAAUUUCGAGGCAGCUGUCUGUGAUUAUUUAUUGUAUUUUUAUUUUUUAGGGAGAACAGCACUGGACUAGAAGGACUAGAAUGAGAACGUCUUACCAAAUGAAACGAGGCUACGACUCAACGGGGCCACAUUUAGCUAGUUAAUGUUUUUUUAAUUUGAUAUCGAACAAGGUUACUGUAUUCUUAUUUUGCAUUUUAAUAUAAGAAAAAAUGUUACUGAAUAAUAAAACACAUUUAUUCAAUUAAUUACAAAUUUGAGCCAGGAAAAACCCUGCUUUUCAUUGUCCUUUUGUACAAUAAAAUACUUUUUUUCUAUUUAGAAAAAUGUCUCUAUAAAUGUAUAAUAUCGUCAUCACUAAGAUGACCUUUAAAGAUAGAGCUCACUUUGUAGAAGACGUCUCUGCUUGCAGCUCAAGCAGUGGUUCUUCCCCGGGCCGGAGCAGCGGCGGCAGUUCUUGUGGCACGGCUGGCAUUCCUCGCGCUCGUCGACGUACUCGUGCGGCGAGCACUCGUCGGCCGACGGCACGCAUUGGCCGCGACCCUCCAGUCCGCGACCCUCCAGUCUGUGGCCCUCUCUGCAGCCAGAGCAGGAGCCGGCCAAGGGCCCCACGCAGGUGAGGCAGGAGACGUCACACUCUAUGAUAACAAUAGAUUUGACUAUUAUUUACUCACCGAAUAAAAUACAUUCAGUAUCUGUAAUACUAUACUAUGUUAUGUAUUGUUAAAUAUAUUACCAUUAUAUGUGACAUAAAAAGUUGCAGAAUCUGAAUUUUCAAAAGUUGUAAUAUUACACAGACAAAUCAUAGUAUUACGACUAGGAAAAUUAGAUUUUUUUGAGGGGGGAAAACAUGAUAUUUUCAAUAAUUCAUAUUUUGAGGACAAGAUUGUAUUUUGUGGGGGUAAAUGAAAUUUAGGAGAAGAAAAACUGGAUGAAGGAGGAAGUCGUAAUGUUAUGAGAACAAUGAGGAAAAAAGAACAGAAUGUUGUAAAGAAUAGAGUAAUACCACAGAAAUAUUAUCAGGACAUAUUACACUGUAUUACAAGGACAAUGUUUAGAAAAAAAAUCUGAGAAAAAAAGUUGUAAAGUUACAAGAAUAAAGUCAUAUUAUGUUGACACUUGUAUUUUUUGGGGUGCAUUUAAAAGAAAAGUUUCAAAGUUCAGAGAAUAAAGUCAUAACAUCCAUCCAUCCAUCCAUUUUCUUUACCGCUUAUGCUUACUAGAGUCGCCUAGUGGAGCCUAUCCCAGCUAUCUUCGGGCGGGAGGCGGGGUACACCCUGAAUCGGUCGCCAGCCAAUCGCAGGGCACAUAUAAAGAAACAAAUAUUCACACUCACAUUCACACCUACGGGCAAUUUAGAGUCUUCAAUCAACCUACCACGCACAUUUUUGGGAUGUGGGAGGAAACCGGAGUUCCCGGAGAAAAUGCAGCCAGGCACGGGGUGAACAUGCGAACUCCACACAGGCGAGACCGGAUUUGAACCCGGGUCCUCAGAACUGUGAGGCAGAUGUGCUAACCAGUUGGCCACCGUGCCGGCAAGUCAUAACAUUACGAAGAAAAAAAAAUUUCUUAAUGUUACAAGAAAAAAGUAAUUACACGGACAAAGUCAGAAAUUACACUGGUCGCUGAAUGCAACGUGCUCUGGGAUGAAAAAAUGCACCCAUUGUGUGUGUGUGUGUGUGUGUGUGUGUCGCGUGCUCCAGCUGGGUUUCUAUCUGGAGGCGACGUGACAGCUGCCUGACUUCUGAGGAGCGUCGUUGCUAUUUUAGUCGGUACUAAAAUUAUUCACCACGCUCAGAGGGAGAACUUCUGAAUGUUGACUAAAAAGUGAGUCAAGUGAAGAAGGUGAAAUGUGUGUGUGUGAGAGCGAGAGAGUGAAAGAGAAAUAUGGAAUUAGCUAGCUUUAGAGAGUGUGUGAGAAGGAAUGGAAGAGAGAGCGUGACAGAGGGAAAUUGGGAGAUUUUUGCAUGUGAGCGAGAGAGAAACUGUGUGAGUGUGAGAUAAAGAGUGUGUGAAUGUGAGACGUCGGCGUUUGUGCAAGAGUCAGAGCAAGUGUGCAAGAAUGUGUGAGAGUGUAAGCUGGAGACCCGAGAGAGAUUGUGUUGAUUUUGUGAGACUGCGUGUGUUUGAGAGAGAGAGAGAGAGAGAGCGAGAGUGGGUGUGUUUGUGUGUAUGUGACUGAGAGUGUGGUUACAUGCAUGUGAGAGGGAGAUAAACUAAAUGUGUGAGAGUAUGAAAUUGAGUCAGACUGAAAUUGAGAGUUGAGAGGAAUGAGAAUUUGAGAAUGUGUGAGAGUGACAGAGUCUAUAUGUAAUAUGGUAUGUGUGUGAGAAAGCAUGAGAGUGUGCGACAGAGAGAGCGAGAGAGAUUGCGGGUGCAUGAAAGUGUGUGAGUGAGAGUGUGGUGUGAGAGAGCGUGUGUGUGUGUGUGUGAUGGACUUGAUUACGUUGACACUCUCCCGUGGCGUCAUCCAUGAAGGUCCGAGCGGGACACGGGGUCACGCAAUCUCCGUCGCGUAGUGCGGCCCGGGGGUCCUCACAAGCGUCGCAGUCGUCGCGUCCGGGGCCGUCGCACGAGCGACAGUCGGCGCGACAGCGCAGACACUCCCGCCGCUCGUUAUCGCCGAAGAAGCGAUCGGGGCAGUCGGGCAUGCACGCACCCUCGUGGAGGAAGUGAUACUCCUCACAGGCUGACAACACAUAACUUUUUAUCCCAAUAUGUGUGUAUGUCUGUGUGUGCACCACACUGCCCCUAAAAGGCCAAGGUGCGCACAGCAGGUUUUUAUUUGUAGUCAUUGUUUUCUACUGCUAUUAUUUUUAAUAUAUAUUGUUACCAAUUUAUUUUCUUUGUGUUCUUUUAAAUUAUAUUUAAAGUUGAGUUUUUGGUAGCUGAAGAAAUACACAAUUUAAAAAACAAUUGCCCAGCCAUACUCUGAAUACUGUUAUUAUUGUCUGUCUACAUGUUGUUGCUGCACCGUUUGUGUUCAAUCAGUUGCUGAAAUGAUUAAAUCACCGCAGCAUUGAUGCUAAUUAGCGUUAGCAUUAACCUUGUAAAUACACAAGACGUUAUUCUCUUUGUUUAAUGAUUAUUUAUUAGUUGUGUGGACCAAUUUGACCACAAAGGUUUGCUCUACCUGUGCACUCUCCAAGGGGGCUGCACUCUUCACAGGCCGCGGGGCAGCGUCGGCAAUCCUGGAUGUGGACCGUGUGACCCGCGGGACACUGCUCCACACACCGGUGAUUGAGCAGCAGCAGGGGUUCUUCACAGCUCAGGCAGUAGGUGGAGUUCUUCUCGCAGGACACGCAGCCCGACACGCAGCUUCGACACACCUGACCGACGGGAUAACCUCUGUGGAGACAAUUAGAUAACAAUGAACAAUACAAUUUAGUGUACUUUUAAGAGUGAUUCACAAGCUUAAGUGACAGUGUUUCUGUUGCUAACAGUCACUUUAGAGAUCCCUCAAUGGUCAGGCAUACUUGAUGGACCUUGUGUCAAAAGCGAUGCUAGCUUUCUAUUGAACAAACAAGUGUCGACCUCCGGCAAGUCCUGGAUGUAGAUGAUGUCCGCAUCGUCUACAAAAUGUCGUAAAAAUUAGUUACGUGGUUUUCGUAUCAUGCUUUUAACAAACAUAUUUGACGCAUGGGAAUUGUGCAUAUCAACGUUGUACUUGACGAAACUGUUGCAAAAUGUUGGAAUGUUCUGAA